UGCAGGGUCGCCGCGAGCCCCCGGUGGCGCAAGGAGGUGACUGGGGGCGGCCGCACGCCGGAGCUUCCAAGCUCCAUGGCGCGCGUCGGGCGUCCCCAGCCCGGGUCCUCACUUCGUAGGGCGUCCGCGUGAGUGUGGGAGCGCGUGGCGCGCGCGCCCGUGUGGCUGCCGGGGAUAAAAUGUGACACUCACGUCUUCGACUUCGGCGCGGCGCGUUCCAGAGAGCGCAGAACACCGCCGGGUCGCGGCGCGGCGUGGGGAGAAGGUUCCUCCUGCCUCCCACUGCUGUAGGACCCCGAGGUGCUGGUCCACGAGGUCUGCCAUGAAACCACACUUGAAACAAUGGAGACAACGAAUGCUCUUCGGAAUAUUUGUUUGGGGACUCCUGUUUUUGGUAAUUUUCAUCUACUUCACAGACAGCAACCCUGCGGAGCCUGUGCCCAGUUCCUUCUCCUUCCUGGAGACCCGAAGGCUGGUGCCCAUCCAGGGCAAGCAGCGAGCCAUCAUGGGAGCUAUGCAUGAGCCCUCCUCGCCAGGGAGCUGGGAUGCCAACAAGGCGCUGCCAGGUGUCCCCCCUGCUGGCCCCUUUCACACAGGGCCUGAGGACCCACAAAAAUGGGCUCAAGCCCCAGAUGGGUUUGAAAAUGGAGAGGAAUUUUUUUCAUCCCAAUUCGGGAGGAAAUCUCAAAGUGCGUUCUACUCGGAGGGCGACGAAUACUUUUUCGCUGCGGGUCAGCCAGGGUGGCACAGCCACACGCCAGGGACAUUGGGGUUCCCCUCCCCAGGGGAGUCAUCCCAGCGGUCUGGAGCGGCCCAGAGGAGGCGGAUGAAAAGGAGGCACCCGAGGCCAGGAAAGAGCCGCACGUUGGUGGACGACGACGACCUGGACAGGCUGUCCGCCUCCAUGUCUAGGGCCUUCCUGUAUCGGCUCUGGAAGGGGAACGUGUCGUCGCGGAUGCUGAACCCUCGCCUGCAGAAGGCCAUGCGGGACUACGUGGCCGCUAACAAGCACGGCGUGCGCUUCCGCGGCCCGCGCGAGGCGCGGCGGAGCAGGGCUGAGCUGCUGUGCGAGCUACGGCGCCGCGGCCGCGUGCGCACCCUGGACGGCACCGAGGCGCCCUUCUCCGCGCUCGGCUGGCGACCUCUGGUGCCCGCCGUGCCGCUCGGCCAGCUGCACCCGCGCGGCCUCCGCAGCUGCGCCGUGGUCAUGUCCGCCGGCGCCAUCCUCAACUCCUCGCUGGGGCAGGAGAUCGAUUCUCAUGAUGCAGUUUUGAGAUUUAACUCUGCUCCUACACGUGGUUAUGAGAAGGAUGUUGGAAAUAAAACCACCGUGCGCAUCAUUAACUCCCAGAUUCUGACCAACCCCAGCCAUCACUUCAUUGACAGCUCUUUAUAUAAAGAUGUCAUUUUGGUGGCCUGGGAUCCAGCUCCUUACUCUGCUAAUCUUAACCUGUGGUACAAGAAACCAGAUUACAACUUGUUCACUCCAUAUAUUCAGCAUCGACAGAAAAACCCAACUCAGCCAUUUUACAUUCUUCAUCCUAAAUUUAUAUGGCAGCUUUGGGACAUUAUCCAGGAGAACACAAAGGAGAAGAUUCAGCCAAACCCACCAUCUUCUGGUUUCAUUGGAAUCCUCAUCAUGAUGUCCAUGUGCAAGGAAGUGCACGUGUACGAGUACAUCCCGUCCAUCAGGCAGACGGAGCUUUGCCACUACCAUGAGCUGUACUAUGACGCGGCCUGCACCCUGGGGGCCUACCACCCACUGCUGUAUGAGAAGCUGCUGGUGCAGCGCCUGAACACGGGCACCCAGGCAGAUCUGCACCGCAAGGGCAAGGUGGUGCUGCCCGGCUUCCGGGCCCUGCGCUGCCCAGAGCCCAGCCCUGAUGAUGCUCAGUCUUGAAAAGGGACUGUUGAGAAUCAAUGUGCAAUAAGGUACUACUGUAGUCCUCCAAGUCACAAGCACAUACUUGAAGCUAGACUUUAGGCAAUGUAGUGUCGAGUCAAACUGUAAUCUAGUGGUGGCCAUGAGAAUUCUCUUCCUAAGCCAUUGAGUAUUUAUUACCACUUUGAAUACAAAA